GACUAGGAGGAGUCAGUCUUCAGUGAGGUGAUAACGUAAACACGCCCAUUCCCCAGUGAUUUUUCCCGAUUCCGCUGUCUGCUGAGGCGAGAUGAACCGGAGAUCGCGGCCUACGCCAAGCAGAUUUAUGGUCUGCAUUAUGUCUGGAGCCUGCACUGCGCCUGCUCUCUUCCUCCUCCUCGGCUGUUCUGCGCUUGCGCUGGGCGUUGGCUCGGGCUCCCCAGAGCACCGUGAUGCAGAGUACUACGUGGCUGCCGUGUACGAGCACCGGUCGGUCCUGAGCCCAAACCCUCUGGAGCUCAGUAGCCGCCAGAAGGCCCUGGAGCUCAUGAAGCAGAACCUCGACGUCUAUGAACAGCAAGUGAUGGCUGCAGCCCAGAAGGGUGUACAGAUUAUAGUGUUCCCAGAAGAUGGCAUCCAUGGGUUUAACUUCACAAGAACAUCCAUUUACCCAUUCUUGGACUUCAUGCCAUCUCCCAGCCUGGUCAAGUGGAACCCAUGUCUGGAGCCCUUUCGGUUCAACGACACAGAGGCUUAUUACUCUUUCAUCUUAGAAGACUCUCUCCCAAACUAGCACAGACACUUGGAACUGGACAAUAUGCAGACUGAGACUUUAGAGCACUUAAUACUAAAUGGAAUGUCUUCAUCAAACCUCUUUUCUCAAAGGCUCAAGGAUCUCUGUGGAAGAGGAGGGACAGGUUGUAAGAAUAAGAGGAGGCCAGCCUGGACUACAAAGGGAAUUCCAGGACAGCCAAUGUUGUUACACAGAAAAACCCUAUUGAACCCCUCCUCCAAAGGAGCCAUAGAAGAUGGGUAACUCCAUGGAACAUGUCUUGCAGACACAACAGAACUGAUACACACAUGAAUUCAGAGACUGUGGCUGCAUGCACAAAGCCUACACAUUUCAAGACAAGUAGGGCAUCAACACUGAAGGGAAAAGUAGACAGGGCUCCCACCUCUAACCAAGAAAUGAUCUGCAAUUUAUAACCACUGACAAAGGAAAAAUUAGUUUUUCCCACUAAUUAAGCAUAUUUCAGUGAAGGCCCUAUGCCUAUGAAUAGCUGGACAACAACCAUUAUUUUUGUAUUAUUAAAUAUAAAAAUACGUUUUAUAUUUUGUAGAUUUUUUUGUCUCAUUUUCUGAAAGACUAUUUGUCUCAUCUACUCUGAAAAGAAAACAGAGGAUUCUAAACACACAAAAGAAAAGCAACCUUUUGGCUCCUGUUUAAGAGACGGCUUCCUGACUUAGCAUUAGUGGCAAUAACUGUGCAGCUGCUGCCAAACACUUAUUAGGUGAUUAAGAGCAGCCAGUGGCAUUCUACUCGGUGACAGUAUGGACCCAGAAACUCCCCAGAGUUGAGAUGGUAAACAUGGCUUCCUCCAGUACCUCUGCUAUGAAGCUAAGCUCUCACAUACCAAGGACCUGGGCAAAGUCAGCUUCUAAAGCCUCUACUUUAGUCCUAGCCACACCCACAAGAAGCAAAAAAGCAAAAAAAAACCUUUAAUUUUACAAUGUGUUUAAAAAUAUACCUAGGCUCAGGAGACAAAAAGAGAAGGUAUAGACAGUCAUAAAAAAUAUAUAGUUUUAAAAUAUAAAAAGUAAGUGAGGUAAUAUAAAAAAGCCACGUAAAGAUGGAAAACACACAGAAGAGUCUGGACACUGUAUGUUACCAUGUUGUCUUUGAAUUGUUUAACUACUGAGGAAGGAGUAACAGCUGCAAAGAGACAUUUGAUUAUAAAUGUUGCUGGAUUAAUUCAGCCUAUGUAUAUUGAAAAUGCCUUGGCUUCAAAAUUUAAGUAAAUGAUAUGUUACUUUGGAGAAGAGGUUAUGUUUUUGUUUCCACAGGAAAUGAGAGGCUGAGGAUUCAUUCUGGGUUAAGAAAAAUAAGGUUUGAUGGGGGAAGACCCCUGAAAAAUCACCGAUGGGAAUGGAUGGCCCAGAUGUUACAAUGUUUAAGAGCACCUCUGUUGCAGUUUCCUCUGAGUAUUUGCUUUGAACUUUUUUUGUCUUACUGUUCUUUUGCUUACUUAUUUUGAUUUCCAGUUUUUUUUUGUGUGUUUUUGUGUGUCUUUUCUGUUUAUUUUUAAGGAGAUGGGAAAAGGUAGAGAA